AUGGUUUCCAUCGUUCUCGAGGUGACCUGCAGCCUUAUUGUCUGGCUGUUUCUCUACACCUGCUUCUGCUACUGGAACAAGCACCAUUCCUAUGAGUGGAGCUGUCGCUUGGUCACCCUGCUGCAUGGGGUGAUUGUCACCUGCCUCUCUGGUUAUGUUGCUCUCUUGGAUGGCCCCUGGCCUCUGACCCAUGCAGGUUCACCAAACACAUCUCUUCAGAUCCGUGUGCUGUCCCUGACCUUGGGUUACUUUAUCUUUGAUCUGGGCUGGUGCCUAUAUUUCCAGACAGAGGGGAACCUAAUGCUGUUCCAUCACACGCUGAGCAUCUGUGGCAUGAUCAUGGUGCUGGGGCUCGGGAAGUCUGCUACAGAAGUCAACGCUGUUGUAUUUGUUAGCGAGAUCACCAACCCACUGCUCCAGACCCGCUGGUUUCUGCGGAAAAUGGGGUGUUACCACAGUUUCCUGGGAGAGGUGGUGGAUUUCUUCUUUGUGUUCCUCUUCCUGGUGCUGCGAAUCGGGGGAGGAGCUUUGAUCAUGUAUGCGAUGGUGACAUCCCCUGAUCCCAGCUGGCUCCUCAAGGCUGGAGGCCUAGCCAUGUAUGUUGUGUCUUUGGGGUUCAUGGUUGAAAUCUCCUGCUUUGUCAGGAGGAAAAUGUUGAAAAAAUAUCAUUCCUGGACAAGCCUGAGGAGUAGGAAUGCACCUGUGAAAACUAAUGGGCACUUGACAGCUCAUUAAUGGGUUGUGGAUGACAGUCCCUUGGGCUAGGGUCCUGGCUACUGAAGCCUAUUCCUGUGAAAAGAACUCCUAAAAGUGAUGUGGAAUGGACUUUCUGGCACUGGUCUGCUACCCCUGGAGGAGAUGAAUCAGCGCUAGGAACAUGGGAAAGCUGACAGAAGAGCGGAAAUCUGAGGAACCCGGCAUGUGUACUGAACUCUGAUUCCCUGAUUUCUCCAGCAAUGGUACAGUCUCAAGGAGGGUGUAAUCUUGCACAGUCUGCAUGUUCUGUAAUCAUUUUGGAGGUAGAAUUAUUUUACAGUGUAGAGCCAGAAAAUCAAAUCUGGAAAAUCCCAUCUUCCUGCCAGUGGGACUGGGUAGGGGUGUGACCUAGCAAAGAUUUACUGAGCCUCACUCUCCCUUAAUCCUGGAGUUGGACAACACGCUUGACUGAGUACUUGGAUGAAAGCCUCUGAACAAGAUUCAAGUGCUUGCAGGGGUAUAGUGGAGUUGUCCUUUGAGUGUGUGAAGUGAUGGUACUUGAGGUGAGGCAAUGUUUUACCUCAUUGUUUUUAAUGAUACAUUUCUUUUUUUUUUAAUACUUGCAUUCAGGCAGAUGCUGAUCUUAGAGCAGUGUGACUUCACUGGGAUUGACUCAGGCCCUUGCAAACAGGAGUCAAGAAUUAAACUUGUGCGAAUAAACUCCAUAAGCAGGUGUUCACCUAGCCUUGGAUUGCUUUAAAAAAAAAAAAAUCAGGCAUUUUGUGGGUGAGAGAUGAUAGAGAAGAGCCCUCUCUGGAUGCUCUUUCUGUUUGGGGGUUGUCUCAUUUACAAGCCACUUAAGCUGAAUGCAUGGCUAAUGAGUCUAUUAAGUGACUAUAUUUUCAAGGGCGACAGUGAUGCUUAGGCAGAUCUCAGUGUAACAUCUGCUCCAUACCAGCAGGUUUUGGAGUAUGGACCAGUUCUCUGUUUUCUUUACCUCUCAGAAUUGUGUUCUGACAUUUCCCCUGGGGUUUUAAUGUGAAUUUCCCUCUGUUUAAGGCUGCAGUUCAGAUUUACUCUCCAUAAAAGCCUUGCUUGCAGCUGAGAAACAAAUGGCCUUGUGUUGCCCUCAGGCUUAGCAAGGCUGGUUGCCUUUCCCUCCUGCUUUCGAAGACCUUGUUUAGAGGAGCUUCUUCAUGGAGCUAAAGAGCCCCUGAAACAGCCUGUGUGGCUCUUGCUCAAGUGACGUGUCACCCCUGCUGCAGAGGUGAAGGAGGGGAGCAGUGGGAAUACAGCUGCUGUGGGAAUGCAGCCUUACCAGCUCCUCCAUGCCUAUUAUCUCACUAACUUUGGCACUGUUCAGGACAGAUAUCUGCCUUGGCUGGGGGUUGGAAUAAGGUGUCUGGAGAGAUUAAAAGAUGACAUAACCUAACUUUUGAUGUGCCCUCUGAAUGCAUUGCAGCUGUGAAUCCAGGCAAGUUAGCAGGCUAGUAUGUUUAGAAAAACAGGAGCCUUGCACUGCUGAUAGGUUGCCAGCAUGCCAUGGGGGCCUGGCCUUGUGAGGUAUGAACUCUUGCCAGAGUCACUGUGCUCUUCCGAAAAAUCCUAUGAGUGAUGAGACUUCUAAUAAAGUUAUGUUCUCUUUUU